AUGGGCAUCUUGUCCAAUCCUCGCUUUCCUCCGUCUCCAGCGGAGCUUUACGCAAGAGCUCUAUGGGAUCCCAAACCCACCAAGUCUCUCAAGACUGAAAGGCAAUUAGCUUAUGCACUGGGUUAUCCAUCCCAUUGGAGAGUGGUACGAACCGUGGUUCGCAAGGAUGGCAAGCAUGUCAUUCGCGAUACCAUUCACACACGAUUUGGAAAGACCAGCAAACAACAAUGCAAUUACACUUGGUUUAAUCAUGAGGCUGCUCAAAAGGCGGCACGCGAAUUAGAAAAAGAAGGAACCAUGAGCGGAUCGCAUUUGCUUCCAGCACUCCCAUUGUAUACCAAAGGGGAUGUAGUGGAAGUCUUUUGGGAAGGCAAAUGGUAUUCCGCUAGCAUUACAAAGCGAAAAAAGCAAGCAGAUUCGUUCUUUUAUUCCGUUGUCUAUCACCAAGAUAGUGCUACCCAGGAUGAAGUGGGAGAAGAAGACAUUCGUCCAGGGGAAGAUCCAAGUACUUUGGCUGUAGAAUUGGGAUUUACAGCAGAUUGGAAGGCUUCUCGCAAAGGAUCUCGAUACAUUUUGACUGCACCAACUGGAGAACGGUUCACAACAAAGAAGGCGGCCAUGGUUUUCUUCAAUGAAAUAGGUCCCCAAAUGGCAGAAGAACAAGAUGUCGGUGAUCCACCAUGGAGAAUCGAAGGCCACGAAUGGAUUGGAAGAAGUGUCAAAUGGACUUCUUCCCACAAAAUCUCGUCUCGUCGGACGGUGGAUGUGGAACAAGAAGGGAGGAUUACAGGAUACAUCAAGAAGACGGACGUUGAUAAAGAAGGGAGCCCUGGUUUUAUCAGUGAAGCGACUGGCGAGCCUGCCGAUUUAUUUCAUGUUGUCUUUCCAGAAGACAAGAACCAUCCAUACUCUUCUCACUUGUUGACCUCUCAAGAUCUCGAGGAGUAUGAGGUGCUCGAAAACCUGUUGGAAGUGGAGGAGGAGGAACCCGCCAAGCGAAAAAUGGAAGAAAUACCUACGUCAUCAACGAAGAAGAAGAAGAGGGGCAGACGAUGA